AUGGAGUCACAUGCACACCGUGCCAGCCCCGACGAACUAUACCGGUUGCUCCUCGAGCCCGAUUUUGCGUGUCACGCCUUUGCAGGGGAAAAUACCACAAGAAUCAUGUCAAUACAAAGGCAAGUCAUCGAAAAUGAAGUGAAGUGCAACAUCGCAAACUGUCGGAUGGUUACAAUCCCCGCCGUCAUGCAACAUGGUUGGUGCUGCUUCAACUGGGACAUGAUGGCCCACGUGAUAACCAUAAUGGACCCAAUGGCAUACCAGACAGAGGACACAACACGGAAAACUUGUUUUAUGUACGCGGCCGACAAGAUACACGACGCUCUUUUUGAUUGCAUUGAAGAAUUCUUCACCGAGUGGCACUGCAGCAGACAUUCAUGGACGAAGAAGUCACCUCUACUGUCUACCACAACAUUCACAAGGUACGCAUGUUGA